AUGAGGUUAAGCUUAUUUACAUACUUUUUGCUGCUAGUGAAAGUAGUGCUGUGCAUUCCUGUAGACGAAAUCUUUACUGUUGACUAUCAGACAGUCCAAACAGGAAUACCAUUUUCAAGUAUAUUACUUGGAGACAGAUUAAUUUCCCUUACAAAUAAGAAUGUGCUUGCUAUACAGAAUGUUACAAAUGGAGAUGUUUUAUACCGGUAUGCAUCCGAGAUCCCUUUUACAAAUCAAUCAUCGUUGAUCAAAAUAGAUAAUAAGUUCUUCGGAUCGUCUUUAGUGCUUGAGGGAGGUGUGUCGGAAAUAACAAUUUGGAACGUCGAAACAUUCACGACGAUAAAAGAAGAAUUAGAGAUUUCUGGAAACAUAAUUGGACUUUUUUCAGGGGGUUUGAAGGAUAAUGAACCAAAUGUAAUUGCCAUUGAUGAUAUCGGAAACAUCCAUUUAAUUUCAAAGGAAAGGCAUGAACUAAUACGAUUGAAAAAGGCAUCAUCGAUCCAGGAUCUCAAAUUCAGGGAUGCAAAAUAUGCAUCAUCAACUCAAGGUUCCAAGUUAGUCAUUCUCGAGUCACAAGAUGGAUCCACAUAUUAUAUUACCAUUGGUAGUGACAAUAUAAAUAGCGAACUAAGGUCUUUUGCGAAAUGUAAGUUUUCAGAUUUGGAGCUUACAUCAGGAUUGAAUAUUAGUGCGGCAUGUCUUGGCUCUAGAGCAUAUGAAUUUGAUGACGGUAAUGGUAAAUUCGAGAUUUCAACCUCCAACUAUGGUUCUGAACUUGUUAGUUUGUCUUCGAAUGCCGAUGGUAAGAUCAAAAAAAUAGUUGAUUCACCAUAUUACUUUGCACAACUGGAGAAUACAGUUUUGAUAUAUGACCCAAUUAGUUUAUCUUCUAAAGUUGUGCAAAAAUUAAAUGUUUCAUCAUCCGUUAACACCGGAAGGAUUACCAACAUGGAUAUUUUGUAUGAUGAUCGGACAAAUACUUUCACUGUCAUGACCACUCGUGAUGAUAUGAUUGUUGAAGCCACACACGGUAAUGCUACUUGGGAAAGAGAUGAAUCAGUUUCCUUUCCAAAAGAUGUUGUUAUUUUGGAUACAGAUGAAAAACAAUAUGUCCUUCAACAGCAACUUACGUUGGAAAAAACUUCGAAUAUUCUUACAGCUUAUAUAAAUAGAUUUAGGAGCAACAUUCAUCGGCUUUUGAACACUGACUUCAGCCGAAAUGCGAACUUUGGCACCAAUUUUGGCUAUUUGAAGAAAAUAGUUGUUCUUACGGAAAAUGGAAAGAUUGCAGUUUAUGAAACAAGCUUGAACUCAACAUCUUCCUGGAAACCAAAAAUUAUAACACCUCAAAUUAAAUUCGACAGAUUGUUCAAAGUGGAUAAUUCAUUGAUUGGCGUUGAAAACAAUAGCUUUUAUCACAUACUGCUAGAUGACAACAGUAUUAUACCAUGCGAUCUCCAAUUCAUACAAAAGAACUUCAAGAUUUUGGAUGAUUUAGCAAGUGAUGGAGUCAGAGUGCAUAAAAUUAUACAGACGAAGGAAGAUAACAUCUAUACUGCAGCAGUUAGUCAGGACAGAAAUUCUGUCAUUGGCUAUUUCAUGGAUAGAAGUAGCCAGUCGAAAACAUGGAGAUUGUCUUUUCUUAAAAAUGAAACGUUCUUAUCAAUUAAUUCCAGAAGUUACGGGAACGACAAAGUAGCAAGUCCUGCGGUUGUGUUACCGGAUAGAAAAGUCCUCUAUAAAUAUUUGAUUCCAAACAUUGCGGCUAUUUCUUCGUAUAACAACGCCACUAAGGAAGUCGUGAUGAGACUAACCGACAUCGUUACAGGUAAAGUAUAUAAGACAUUUACCAAGGAAACCGACAACCCUAAAGUGGUUAAGAUCUUAUUUGAAGAGAACUUCAUUAUAAUAUUGACACAAAAUACCAAUUCAUUGGAUACAGAAUUCACAGUAAUUGAUAUGUUUGAGUCGUUAACACCGGAUUUAAAGAAGACCAGAGUCAUAGACACGUUCGAUUCUUUUGGUAACAUCACAAUCUUGCCAGAGUGGUCUUCACGCUCGUAUCUUCUUCAAGGUGUAACUGUCCGGGAUAUAACAUUAACGUACACGAAAAAUAACAUAGCUUCGAAGUGGAUUAUUGUUUCUUCGGAAGAAGGUGUUAUCACGGCAAUUCCGAAACAAAUUCUUGAUGGAAGGAGACCUCUUGAAGCUGCAAAGAAGGGAACUGCUGCUGGAAUGAUGUAUCAACCAUACAUAAUCCCAGCGGACAACUUAAGGCUCAGCCAUUACCGAAAACUAGUUUCCAACAGUGAAAAUCACAGGUUACUUUCCGUUCCGACGGAACUUGAGUCAACUUCGGUAAUUGUGUCGGUGGACACUGACUUAUUUACAACGAGGGUGAGACCAUCAUCAUCCUUCGAUACAAUUUCAGGAAGCUUCAAGAAGAAAAUUCUUGUGAUGACAAUUAUCAGCUUAAUUCUUGGUAUCAUGUACUGCAAGCCAUUGGCGACGCAGAAGAAAUUGAAGGAUAUAUGGAGACGUAACUAA